AUGUCGGGCCCUCAGAUCCCCCGCAUCAACACGCAGGACAUUCAAGGCCAAGACGUCGUCUCCAACUCCUCCGACGACCACUUCUCCUCUGCCUCGGAAGGCGCAGAUAACACUCCCGGCCAAGACUACCCUCCGCAAUCGCCCAUUCCCAUCACGCGAGUCGAAAGAGUAGACGAUACUCCAGCGCACGGCGAGGUUCCCGGUACUCCCGCCUACUCCCUUCGCACACAGGAUGCUGUACCGGAUGAAAUAGAAAUCGUGCCCGAAGGACGGAGAUCAAGAAGUGCCACAUUGCAGAUCGCAGGAGGGAGGAGCAGAGGGAACAGCGCCGCCAGCAACAGCUCCACAGGCAGCAGGCCCAUGACUCCCGGAGGCACUCCCGUGCCCAAGCUGAUCGUCGAGCGAGUGGACAACAAGCCUGCGCAUGGCGAAGUGGAGGGCACAGAAGCGCACGCAAAGAGACUGGCCGACGCUACACCUGACGAGGUGCGGGCGGCGUCUCCCAUUGCCGCAAGCGGCGAGAAUGGUCACGACCAAGUAGAGCAGGAUCCUGAAAAUCGACAGGCGUGGUUUCGUAGCAUGUGGGAAGGGAAUCAGGAUCAGCAAGAGACACCUACACAAGCCUCGACAAAGAUGGAUGCCAAUCUACAAGAAGAUGCGGCUGAGGAUGUGCCGGAUGACGAAGAUGACUUUGGAGAUGAUUUUGACGACUUUGCGGAAGGCGGCGAGGACGAUGACUUUGGUGAUUUUGACGAACCCGCAACACCAGCACCUGUACCCGAAACACAAACAUAUUCCUUGCCAGACUCAUUAGCUGGGUUGCCCAAACUAGACCUCCAGCCCGACAUAUCUGCCUCCGAUCUCCAAGAUGCCAUUUCACCCUACCUCGACCUCAUCUUCCCCGAUCAGCCCGUACCACCGCCGGCCUCAGCGAUCCCACCACUCGACAUGUCCAACAGCUCACCCUUCCUCUCCGAUCGCUCCCUCUCUCUCUGGCAACAACUCGUGCAACCUCCGCCCAUGCAACCUCCGAACUGGACACGCAGCAAGAUCCGCCGCCUCUUCCUCGUCUCUCUAGGCGUGCCCGUAGACCUCGACGAGAUCCUUCCACCCUCAAAACAAAAACGCCUCGUGCUACCGAACAUCAAUCUCGCCUCUUCCGACUCCAAACUUGACCGUCUCAGAUCUUCAGAUGGCGCGAACGACUCGACUACAAGCCUCGAUAGCAAAACUGGCGCGCCCAAAAAGUCCUCGCAACAUAAACGGACAGGCACUGUCAAAGGGCCGCCUCCGCCGCCGGAGUUCGACUCGAAUCGUGCGGCGUUGGUAUGUCGGACAACGGAAGAGGCGAUGAAGAAUAUGGAAGAUGAUGAGUUGCGACAACACGUCAAGACGCUCGAAGAGUUGAAUCACGAGGCGAGUUCCGUUCUGGAGUACUGGCUACUCCGGAAAGAUGAGGGCUUGAAAGAGAAGGAAGCUUUGGAGGGUGUGAUAGAGAACCUGGUUGGGUUCGUGAAAGGGAGAAGAGGCGGUGGGAAAUAA